AUGGGUGUCGAGAGAAAGAUCAUCACUCGUGGCAACGGGUCCGAUUCGCCUGCCUCGGGCGACAAGGUCUCGAUCCACUACACCGGAUGGCUGUACGAUGCCAAGAAGGCCAACAAGGGAUUCCAGGGCAAGCAGUUUGAUAGCUCUCGCUCACCGGGUCGGGGCCCCUUGAAUGUUCAGAUCGGUGUUGGACAGGUCAUCAAGGGUUGGGAUGAGGGUGUCCAGCAGAUGACGCUGGGUGAAAAGUCAAUUCUGACCAUCACGCCUGACUACGGAUACGGUGACAAGGCGGCUGGCAAGAUCCCCGCGGGCUCUACUUUGAUCUUCGAGGUUGAGCUUCUGAAGAUCAACAAUAAGAGUGCUUAG